UUUAACAAUUUUAUUGAAAGAAAAAGAAUAUAUUAAUUUACAUAUAUAUCGUCAUAUUGAAUUUUUUUUGUGGCCACAAUGGAUUCAUUACAUCGUCUACAGGAACAGGAAGGCUAUCCACGACAUAAUUCAACAUCAUCAAAUGGCGAACCACGAUUAUCUUAUGGUAGUCCUGGACGUGGAAGUGCCGGUGGUUUAGCAAAUAGUUUUUUGGUUGACAGUCUUCGUCGUAGUGUUGAUAUGCCGGCCUAUAUGCAAUGGCAAACAUUGUCUACCGAUGUAUCGUUAAAAUUACGACAAGGUUCCAUUCGAAUCAACAAAAGCAACAUUGUCGAAUGGACAUCGAUCGAUGAACAUAAUGAAAAGACGCCAUUAAUGGACCAAUCAAUGGAUAAGGAAGAAUCGAUUCGUUAUGCAGAUAUUAAUUGCAAUGAAACAACGAAACCAAACGACAGCAGCUGGAAAGUUGGCGUGUUUUUAUUGGUAAAUACGGCGCUUGGAGCUGGUAUACUCAAUUAUCCUGCAGCAUAUGAUCGUCUUGGUGGUAUUGUCAUAUCUACACUGUUACAAUUUGGCAUCGUAAUACUAUUGGCUACAACAAUGUUAGCAUUAAUUUGGAGUGCUGAUCUUCAUCAGGACACCACCUACCAUGAUGUUCUUAGAUCGAUGGGUGGUAAACGAGCACAACAAUUAGCGGCAACAUCAAUUAUGAGCACUUGUUUCGGUGUGGAUGUUACAUUUUUGAUCAUUAUCGGUGAUCAAUUUGAUAGAUUAUUUUAUACGUUUAUUGGACACAAUUUUUGUGAAACAUUUUGGCUGUCCAGAACAUUCACCAUAAUUGUAACGGCAGUGAUAUUAAUUUGGCCAAUUUGCUAUUUUAAACGAUUGGAUUUUCUUCGUUAUUUAUGCAUGUUAGGCAUUUUUGCUAUGAUCUAUGUCGUUUUUCUGAAUGUCUAUGAAUAUUAUGCAUUGGACGUUGUUCCUGGUCAGAUUAAAACUAGUCCUACAAGUAUAAUAGCAGCAUUUGCAUCAUUACCGGUUAUUUGUUUUGCAUAUCAAACACAUGAAAUUGUAUUGCCCGUAUAUUCAAGUUUGGCUAAACCACGUGCAACAAAUUUCAUUAAAUCAACUAUAUUCUCAUUAAUAUUGUUAUUGGUCAUCUACAAUCUGGGUGGAUCAUAUGGUUAUAUAACAUUUGGUGAUAAAGUUAAAGCCGAUAUUAUUCAAAUGUACGACGCAAAAGAUCCGGUCGUAGCAUCAGGUAUCAUUGCAUUGAUCAUCAAAAUGGUUAGCACAUAUGUUCCGAUUAUGUUCUGUGGUCGUGGUGCAUUGGAUGGCCUAUACGCUGAAUGGUUUAAAUUAUCAACCGAACAAUAUAUUAAAGGCGAACGUGUACGUCGUAUAACUAUAACAACAUUAUGGAAUAUAUUCGUAUUGAUAUUGGCUAUUGUAACACCGAAUAUUACAAUCGCUAUAGAAACAUUGGGUUCAUUGGCAGCCUGUAAUGUAUUCGUAUUUCCGGGUAUUUGUAUGGUUUCAUUGGCACGUCGACAUCUAAAUGGCUAUUAUGCUAAAAUGAAUAAUGACCGUCGUUUAUUACAAAAUCUUGAAGGCACCCGAACCUGGCGCUACAUAUGGAAUUUUUCCUAUUUCUAUGGCGUAUUUAUCAUUUUUUUCGGUAUUGCUAUGUUUGUUUUAGUUUUUGUACAAGUUGGCAUUGAUAUAACGUCAGUAACUACCGGUGGCAAUGAAAGUGAAUUCACUUGUCUUUAAACUAUCAAACAUCAAGAACAUCAUCAUCAUCAUCAUCAUCAUCAUUACACCAAAUGAUUUUCAUAUAAACAUUCAGAAAAAAAAGAUUUGGAUAAACAUUACGAUCGAAGGUUAUUUUUCAUAUCAGGUCUCAUUUUUAUUAUCCAUUUUUGUUUUAAAUUUUAUUUAUCUAAUAACCUUGUUUUUCAACAUGUGGCUGGUGAAUGUUGUGUGAAUGCAAAGACGAUGAUAAUUUUGAUGUAGAAAUUCAAUUCUAACUAUGUACAUUUUUUUUUUUGUUUCUUUCAAUAAUUUUCUCGUUCUAUCUAUCUAUAUUCUAUAUGUCUCUUGAUACUUUGAAUUAUUUUUUUUUCUAUUGAAAUAUAUUUACAAGUGAUAAAAUAAGUGCAAAAUUGAUUAACGAGA